UCGAGGAGGAGGCAGCACCAUGCACGUCGCGGACGUGGCGUGCGCCGCGUUGUUGCUGGCGAUCAUCGCGGUGUCGCUGCUGUCCAACCUUCUGGUGCUGAUCUGCUUUGUGCACAACGGGGAGAUCCGCAAGCAAGCCCCUGCUCUCUUCAUCCUCAACUUGACCUUCUGCAACCUGUUGCAGAGCGUCUCCAACAUGCCCCUCACCUUGGCGGGGCUCCUCAUGUCCAGCCAGCAGCAGCGCGGAGGAGGAAGUCUGUGCCAGACAGCGGGCUUUCUGGAUACCUUCCUCACCACCAACUCCAUGCUGACCAUGGCGGCGCUCAGCAUCGACCGAUGGGUAGCGGUGGUCUUCCCCCUCAGCUACCACUCCAGGGUGCGACACCGGGACGCGGUGGCGGCGCUGGGCUACACCUGGGCGCACUCGCUGUGCUUCUCCACCGCCGCCUCCUGCUGCUCGUGGGUGGGCUACCAUCAGCUGUACGCAUCGUGCACCCUGCGCGGCGCCAGGGCCAAGGGGGGCGGCCUGCACUUUGUCGUCUUCACCAUGGCCCUGCAUGGGCUCAGCUUUCUGCUCGCCCUCGUGGCCAUGUGCGUGACCUACUUGAAAGUGCUCCGAGUGGCCAGGUUCCACUGCAAGCGUAUCGACAUCAUCACCAUGCAGACCCUGCUGCUACUUGUCGAUAUCCAUCCCAGUGUUCGUCAGAAGUGCCUGGACGAGCAGAAGCAAAGGAGGCAGAGGUCCACCAAGAAGAUCAGCACGUUUAUCGGUACAUUUGUGCUGUGCUUCACCCCGUACGUCAUCACCAGAUUGGUCGAGCUGUUCUCCCCGGAGCACGUCAAUGCUCACUGGGGGGUGCUGUCCAAAUGUCUGAUGUACGGCAAAGCGGCCAGCGACCCCUUCGUCUACUCGCUGCUCCGCCACCAGUACAGAAAAACCUGCGGCCUCCUAGCUCGGAAGAUCCUUGGCAGGAACCGGCGGGACUCCUCGUCGCCCGCGUUGAAGGCCAACGCCAGGAGGAACCAAGACGCCCAGCUCGCCGCCAGCGCUACCGGUGAUCGCAGCCAAGCGGCCGGCAGCAAGCCAUCUCUUGGCUAGUGAAGCAGAAAGCGUGAUUGUAUUUUCUGGAAAUUUCUCGGUGGUUGCUUUUGAGGAAGCUAUGGUGGCCAUGAGUCACCCAACUGUGAUUAAAAAACUCCAUGGAAAUCCAGGAUUAGAUGCGCUACGUGGAUUUUGUCAAACGUGCUGUAUUGUGCACAUGACGCAAGUUAAUUUCUGACGACGGAGCUGUCGGAAAAUGCCUUGCGGAGAAUGAACUCUCAUUUCAUCAAAACCUUUGGGAACCUUUUGCUAUGUGUGGGAAGAUCUCAUGCAGGGUACAAGCAUGUGAGUCAUUUUAAUGUUAGGUUAAACAGGGUACGGUGUGUAGCAAGGAUCCAUUCUACCUCGUGAGUCAUGUGACAAAUCGGAAUGUGGACU